AUGGCGUCGUUCGACUACAGCGAGUGGCUCAACGGAGCAGCCGCAGUAUACGAGCAGCAGCGACACCUGCUCCCGAUGUACGGCCACCUUCUGAUCUCCGCUCUCUUCCCCAUCUACACCGGCGCGCAUGCCUCGCUGUCACGCCCAGCAUCCGCCGCGAAACCAGUAAAAGACGAUGCAAAUAGCAAUGAGGAAGACGAUGGAGAAGAGACUGUCCAGCAGAUGGAAGGCUUGACAAACACAGAUGCAGUCAUCUUUCCUGUCAUGGCCGGGCUGGUCUUGACUGCUUUGUACUUUUUGAUCCAGCACUUCGGCGCCAGUCUUAUCAACACGAUUCUCGGAGUGUACUUCUCCUUGAUUGGCACAUAUAGUGUAGGCAAGUUGUUGAGCGAUACGUGGGGUACAGUGGCGGGCUUCUUCUUCUCGAACUACUAUGGCAGUGGAGGCGUGAUCUGGAAGGUGGUGGAUGCUGAGCGGAAAGUUGUCGCUCUUGACCGCGGUUCCCAACAUACUGCAGCCCGAAAGUCACCGCUUGGUGGCCCGUUCAGCACCAUAUGGCUACCGCCUCCGCUGCUCGAUCUUGCGUGGAAGCUGCGAAGCUUCACCAGACAGAAGUUCCUCGCCAAAGUCUAUCUUCAGAAUACUCAGAACUUCCGCAUUGUCUUCACUCGCCACAACAUACUUGCAUCUAUCCUAGCCGUGGUAGCAAUCGGCUAUUCGCUCUUCGUCGACAAGCUGUGGUGGCUCACCAACUUACAGGGCUUUGCUGUCUGCUAUGGUGCCUUUCAGCUCAUGUCUCCCACCACCUUCUUUACUGGUACUUUGAUCCUUGGAGGACUAUUCUUCUACGACAUUUGGGCCGUGUUUUACACCCCUCUGAUGGUCUCUGUGGCUCAGAAUCUUGAUGUCCCAAUCAAACUCAUCUUCCCCAGACCGGAUGAUCCCAACUCUCCACAGAAGGAGGGAGCGAAGCCCAACUACAGCAUGCUUGGUCUCGGAGACAUUGUGCUGCCAGGAUUGAUAAUCGCUCUCGCAUUGAGGUUCGACCUGCACCUGUUCUACCUACGCAAGCAAAAGGCAGUCACGAAUCCGAAAUCUGGAUCCGAUGGUAAAGUCGAAACCAAGACUAUCGAGAAGGCACCUUACGUCUCGGUGUCUGGUAAUUGGGCCGAGUGGGCCUACACAAGGACUUCUCGCAGCAAGCAAUCUCCUGCUCUACCAGCUCACUUGUCCGGCUCUUUCCCCAAGACCUACUUUUACGCUUCGCUGGUUGGCUACAUCGUCGGAAUGAUGACGACACUUGUCUUCAUGAGCAUGUUUCAGCAUGCGCAGCCUGCGCUCCUGUACCUUGUUCCCGGUGUGUUGACCAGCGUUUGGGGCACAGCAUUGGUGCGAGGCGAUUUGGAGGACAUGUGGGCCUACACUGAAGCUAUUGACGGCGAGCCCAUUGAAGACGACGAUGGCAAGGAAGUGGAGACUGAGCAACCGGAGGCGGAGCAAGCCAGAUCGUACUUCCAGCAGUUCUGGCAAUCCAUCUUCGGAGACAGCGCCAAACAAAAGAAGCGUGAUGAAGGCAAAGACAAGAAGCUCACGAAUGUUGAAGACAAACCCGUCCGACCGGCCGAUGUUGGAGAGAACGUCAUGUUCUCAUUCACCAUCGCACAUCACUCUCCGAAACCCGUCAAGGAGUCUAAGGAAGCUGCCAACGGUAGUGAGACCGAAAACCGACGGUCCCAACCCUCAUCCGAGUCCAUGGAGGAAGAUGGUGUUGUCGUCGGACCUGGUGAUCUCGAAGGUGACAAGAAACCCUCUUAG